AUGUUUUCACUGCUCUUCAUAAAAUGGCUUGAAGAAACAUAUCGUGGAUCUGAAGGCCUCGAUAAUCGACGAGCAUAUGUAGUAUGCAACGUUGAUCAACCCAAUGUUGAUAACUGGCUGAGAACGCCAAUAAUUUACACUGAAGGAGCAAAUCGGUUACAUGUGGAAGUGACCUUCACGAUGCGUGAUUGCAGCGAAUUUCCGGGAAAUGCUCGCUCUUGCAAAGAAACAUUCCGGUUAUAUGCUGUUCAAGUAAUGAAAAAUGAGUAUUAUGAAGAUGUUUGGGAUGCUGAUUACUGGGAUCUAGUGGAUCGGAUAGCGGCUGAUACAGGUAGACAUUCGAGACAUGACCUAGCUACUGCUCAAGUAAAUCAAGAAGUUCGUAGCUAUACAGUUAGCAAAGAUGCUGUUUAUUUCGCAUUUCGGGAUUCAGGUGCUUGCAUAUCAAUUCUUAAGAUCAAGAUAUUUUAUGAAGUAUGUCCUGAAGUAAUUCAUUCAUAUGUACAAUACCCACAAACUGUUACUGGAGCUGAAGCGCAUUCUAUCAUUGCCGUCAAUGGUAAAUGUGUGUCAAAUGCUUCACCUAUCGGUGAUAGCAACAGGCAACAAACAUACGUUUGUAAAGCAACGGGAAUUUGGGAUAUGGCAAAUGGCGAAUGUCAGUGUAACAAAGGUUACGCAUCUUCACAUAACACUUGUACCGGUACUAAUGUACUUUUACCAUUCACUUCAUAA